UGCUACUCUUGGACCAGUGUCAGAUAAGCGUGCCUGAUCAUUAUCGUCAUCCGGGAAGAGACUAUCCCCGGUUUAUCCCGCCGUUCGAGGCUGUUUCCUCGCGGUGAAGUUCGUCAGCCGCGUACACGGCUCUCUGUUUUCCAUUGAACAACGUGUCACGGAGUUGAUUCUCUUUUUUGUUGGGGUGAAAAAGGGACAACGCGUCCUGUAUCUCGAUAGAGAGGGUGAUAACAGAGAAAUUACGGAAAGACGGGUAUCGCGUGUCUUGUGAUGUGCGUGUGAGCAAUGGAGUCACCAGUCAUGUACGAUUCAGCGGCCCAUCAGGCCCAGGCCCAUGGCGCGGCCGAUCUCAAGAAGACACAAGUACUGAACAACAACAACAACAAUCAUCCGAGCACCAAUAACAAUAACAACAACGCGGCGAACAACAACAAUUCUGCCCUGCAGGUGAAUCAUAAUCACAGCCAACAGCAGACCAGCGCGGUGGUGAGCAAGGUCUCAGCCAGCAAGGCUAGCCUUCACCAACAGUACGCGGAACACUGCGCCGCGGCCGGCGAGCUGACCGAUCUGAACACGCCGGAGAUAUCGUUGGAUCUGCAACACCUGAUCGACGAUAGCCACUUCAACGACGGCUUGUUGGACAUGUUGGGCGCAAACAACGGGACGGCGGUGAAACACGUCCGUACGCCCGGUUAUCCGCGUACCACGCUCGCCUAUAUGCCGCAACCGGUGCACAGCGGGGCGAGUUACCACCAAGGGAGCAACAGUUGUAGCGACAGCAACAGCUCGAGCUCCGAGUCGCCGAGCAUCAAAGAGGAACCCCUGGACCCGGCCGAUUAUCGUCGUCACUGCCCCCAAUAUCCACCCGGUGGAUACAGCCCGAUCACCAAUGGACCGUUCGCGAACGGUGCGCCGACCUUCACCACCUUGACACCGUCCACGGUGCCCGGUGGACAUCCGGGCGCGCCGGUACACCAACCGCCGCCCCGAGGCGGACCAAUGAAACCGGUGAUGGCGCAUCAGCAUCACGCGAACUCGGCCGCCGCGGCCGCUGCCAGGAAACAGACCAAGGCCAUCGACAAGGCGAGCGACGAGUACAGAAGACGACGCGAGAGAAACAACAUCGCGGUGCGAAAGAGCCGGGAGAAGGCGAAGGUACGAUCACGGGAAACGGAGGAGAAGGUGAAGCUGCUGGUGAAGGACAACGACCUGCUCAAAAAGAGGAUCGAACUGUUGACCGAGGAACUGAACGUGUUAAGAUCGUUGUUCAGCAGCGUCGGCGUGGUACCGGAACAGCUACACCGUGAGAUCUCAAGGCACCUCGAUCAGUUCCAGCAACACGCGGUGGGACCCAUGUAGCG